AAAUGAUAUACACAAUGACUGUGUGUCAUAGGUGUAGAGUCCUGACUCGAGUGUGCUUGCAGACGCCAAACUAACCUCAGUUUAAUACAAAAUUAUUGUUAGGAACGGAGUGUUUUUACUUUUAGUCUUUGAACAAACAUCCCCUUUCACUAACUAACUGGUUUUACUGGGCUUACAAAGUAUUUUAAAGCAUUUCGGAGUGAAUUUAUUGGGAAAAGUCCCGGAGCAUUGCCUCACACGGAAGUAGUUGGCGGAGGUUUACAGGCUUCCCAGACGAAAUACAAAACUCUCCAAAGCUUUAUUUGAUUUACACAUGAAGAGACACUUCCCCGCUAUCAGCCCAGUUUGAAUUUAGAGGUUAGUAAUGUUUCCCAGUGUUUAUUUUACACAUUUAUAUGUGGAGAGAAAACACAAGUGUGGCUGUGUUCCUGUUGCUCUGAGGAGCAGUAGGCCGGGUUGAGUCUCCGCGGUUCUCAUGAUGUGUUUAAGUGCCUCUCAUUGGUGUCGGUCUAUUUACAGUCUACUCAGAUUCGCUGAUCAACACGAGACGAUGGCAGAAGUCGCCCCAGCAGCACCCGCCGCCCCGGCCGCACCGGCUAAGGCUCCGAAGAAAAAAGCCACCAAGGCGACCAAGAAGUCCGGACCCGGCGCCAGCGAGCUCGUCCUGAAAGCGAUCACUGCCUCCAAGGAGCGCAAAGGUAUUUCAUACAUCGCCCUGAAGAAGGCCCUGGCAGCUCAGGGCUACGAUGUGGAGCAUAAGAGUGCCCACAUCAGGCGCGCCGUGAAGAGCCUGGUGGAGAAAGGAGCUGUGGUGCAGACAAAAGGAACCGGAGCUUCUGGAUCUUUCAAGGCGAGCAAAGCCGCUGAGAAGCCUAAGAAGCCCGCAGCAAAGAAGCCCGCCGUGAAGGCCAAGAAGCCCGCAGCGAAGAAACCCGCUGCUAAGAAGGCAGCAGCCGCCAAGAAGCCCGCAGCUAAGAAGACAAAAGCAGUGAAAGCGACUCCCAAGAAGGCCAAGAAACCCGCAGCAGCCAAGAAACAGUCUGUGAAAAAGGUCACAAAGAGCCCGAAAAAGAAGGUGGUGAAGAAGGCAGCGACACCCAAGAAAGCCGCCAAGAAGGUGGUGAAACCCAAAGCGAAGAAGGCAGCAGCCAAGAAACCAGCCAAGAAGUAAACUUUCCAAAGCAGGUUUCACUCCCAAAAAAAAGGCUCUUUUAAGAGCCACCCAAAUCCAAAAAGAGCACUUUUCCUCCAAACGUGUUUUAUUUGUGUGUUGAAUAAUUUCUCCUUUUUUAAUGUUGACAUCUCGGGAAACGAGUGAAAGUUGUAUAUUACAGGAUUCCCUUCAGUAUUUAAAGACAUUUAGUAUUGCUGUUCUAUUUUUCUAAUAAAUGUAUAUUUUUA